CAUCCAUCUUUCUCGCCGUCUCGCGAUCAAAAUCUUCUCCCCCCUUGCGGCUUUCGUCCGUCUCUCGUGAGGUCGCCCGAUUCUCGUAGGUACCCGUGUGCCUUGAGCUUCGUCGGGCAUGUGGUUUCUUCUUCCGGUUAUCUCUUAGGCCUAUUUGUUUGUAGUAGUCCUCUCUUGAUCUUCUGUUCCUUUUCGUUUCCUUGCCUUUUCUUCUUUCGAUUUUUGGAAGUAGGUUUUGUUGCUCUAUGCACUGUUGGUGGAAUCUGUUGCGAAGUAAUCAGUUUUCUACUUUAUCUUUCAGCCGUCAAACUCGAUAUUCGUUUUUUCGGUAGGAGAUUGUUCCUUUUUUUGGGGGGGGGGAGGAGAAUUCGACUAAUCUAUGUAUAAAAUUAGUCCUAUGAUUUCUUGAUUAUGUGUUUUCAUUCUCGAAAGAGAGAUUUGGGCAGUUCGUUCUUAUCAUUUCUUAAUAGUGUUGUUAUCGGGUAUUUAUUUCCUCUGCAAUCCAAAAUUCUGCUGGAACCAUUCAUUAUGCAUACCAUGUGGAAAUGGAAUCUCCGCAGAUAACACUAGUGACGAGGCAUGUUGCUAAUGAUUGAGGCAUGGAUUUUACAUUUGAAGGACUAUCCUGGGACAACGUAUGCCAAACAUUUGAGAAAGCAUACAAGAGUAAUGAUUUGGUACAGAUCCCACGCAAGUAUGUUGAUGUGGUUGGUAAACAAUUUAGAGAUAUAAUUGAUGAGGUUGUGGGUGAUUGGCUGGAUCCUGCUGGUGAUUGUGCCGAAGGACUUGAUACAAAAAAUUCAUUAGAUGGUGAUAUAGCCAGUAAGAUAGAUGGAGUUUUAAAGGAAGAACUCGAUGUAUCCUUUUCGGAUGACAAUGUAUCUAUUUGUGUUAAAUGGGAGCCAAAUUCUUCAUCUGUGGUAAAUUCAAGUCUGAUCGCACCCUCUGAUCUGAACCAAGACUCAAGUUACAACAAUGAGUUUGAUGAAUGCCAGGAGGAAACUCUUCCGACCAAAGCAGCUAAUUGCUCAGACGUGUUAGAUGGAAAUCCUGAAAACUUCUUACCUUCUGUUGCAUCUCUUUCUGGCCUUCCAAAAAUAUGUCCUUUAGUAGAUGAAAGCCUUCAAUUGGAACCUUGUGAAAGUAGAUCUGUUGAAGAUAGACCGCCUACUGAAACAUGUGAUGCUGCGAGAGGUAUCCAUACAUCACAAGAAUUCAUCUCUCCUAGAGGGUGCCUUGUAAAUGAACAUGAGCUGCAAAUUAAACAAGACAAUUCACGGGCUUCUCUGCGAGAAACUGAAGAUUUAUCAGUUUGCCUUAGUGGGGAUGACAAAUUCAACGAUGAUGAUGUUAUUGACGCGAAAGCAGAACCAAUGGAAGUAUCUCAGGAUCUGGAUAUUAAUGAUAACUGGGAGGACAAUGAAGAUUAUGAACAGGCCAUGAUCUCAUAUCAGAAAUCAAGGGCAUCAUACAAGAAAAAACUUGGUGCCUCGCUUAUCACAAAAUUACGGCAGUUCAAGGGCCAUAAGGUGAAAAAUUCAUACUGCGAUGUCGUCGGCAGAGAGCGAGACAGACAGGGAAAUGAGCUAUUAAAGAAUCCAAAUUUGUCUUCUGUUCACGAUUCAUUGGAGUCUGAUUGGGAGCUGCUGUAGAAUUAGCUUCUCCGUGAAGGUCACUGCACCGGUCAGCUUGAUCUUUGUUCUCUUGUUAUGGUCGGUACGGAUGAAGUAAUAACGCGUUUCAUCAUGCCGGUAUAUCAAUAAAAUCCUGAUGACUGUAAAAUUUGUCGAAACGCAUGCUUUGAUCCAGGAAUUUUUGUUGGAAA